GUUGUUUGUGGAUGACGUCACAGGUGGAAACCAAGAUGGCGGCGUUAGUUCUUUAGAUCCGAGAUCAGUGGAGCGAUGCGCGUGCAGGCGCCUUUUAACUUCCCGAUUUAACUUUAACCGCGUUAAUUAUAACCCCCGGAUCAUCACCCGAGGACCAGUGUGUGUGUGUGUGUGUGUGUGUGUGUGAGUGAGAGAGGAUGGACGCAGGAGGAGGAUUUAUAAUGGACCCCAUGGACACGACCCUGUCUGAGCUCGGAGAUGAGUUCACACUCGGGGACAUCGACGAGAUGCUGCAGUUUGUCAGUAAUCACUCGGAGUUCUCUGAUCUUUUCGACGACCCCAUGCAAAAUGCAUCGGCGAACCCCGUACAGUCUACCAACCCCGUCACCGUGACGACCACCACUCCUGCUCCAGUGGCAGUGACCACGCCCACCACGCACGCCCAAGUACAAAGCAUUGCAGUCCAUCAACAGAACCGUACAACACCGUUACUGCAGCCCCGCCCACAACCACAUACUCACAUACAGGUGGCAGCCUCUCCAGUUCCUUUGCAGACUCAGACCAUAGCGAGUUUUCCCAUGCAGACGCAGACGCUGCAGACUCAAGCGCAGACUGUGAUGAUCACGCCCACUGCUACGCAGCAAAGAUUCAUUCAUAAUCCGGUCAUCUGCCAUCAAAACCCCAGCGCUGCCUUUCAGGUUCUUCAGCCGCAAGUGCCGAGCAUCGUUACAUCACCGCAGGUUGGGCCAGUGACGAUCCAGCACCAGCGCAUGUUAACUCCUGCAGCUCAGACCAUCCAGACCAUCUCAACGCCCACUACUGUUCACACUAUGGCACCUCAGGUGCAGCAGCUGUUGGUGCACCAGCCCCAGAUCUUGAAGACAGACUCUCUGGUUUUGACGACAAUGCAAAAUCCGACUGGAAUUACAACGCUCACUACGCCCAUACAAACUGCUGUACAGGUUCCGACCCUGGUGGGCAGUAACAUCCUCACCACUGUCCCUGUCAUGAUGGGGGGUGGGGACAAGCUGCCAAUCAAACAGCUCCCCUCAACCCCGACCCAGUGCACGAGCGUGACCCGGGCGGUGCCAGAGCAGAACCCCGUGGGUACCGUGGGCCCGGGGGGUGUGGUGAAGGAGGGAGAGAGACGGACGACGCACAACAUCAUCGAGAAAAGAUAUCGCUCUUCGAUAAACGACAAAAUCCUGGAGCUGCGAGACCUCGUCAUGGGCAACGACACCAAGAUGCACAAGUCUGGAGUGCUGCGGAAAGCGAUCGACUACAUCAAGUACCUGCAGCAGGUGAAUCAGAAACUGAGGCAGGAGAACCUGGCGCUAAAGAUGGCUAGUCAGAAACACAAGUCGGUGUGUGUGGUGGACGAGGUGUGUGUUAUGACUCCUCCCGCGUCUGACUCUGGCUCCGCCUCUCCUCAGUUCAGCAUCGACUCUGAACCCAACAGCCCACUGAUCGAAUCGAUGAAGAGUGAGCCGGCGUCUCCCCCGUCCUCGGUGUGUGUGAUGGACCGCUCCAGGGUGCUGCUGUGUGCUCUCACCUUCCUCUGCGUCUCCCUCAACCCCCUGCCUUCACUCAUCGGCUCCGACCAGUCCGGCGCCUCCUCCUGGCCUGGAGGAGAAUCCUUCAUCCCCUCGCGCUCACUCGUCUGGCUGCCUGCUCAGACACAGAGCUUCGGUGCGUGGUUGUGGUGUGUGUUGCCGUGGGUGAUGGUGUGGGUGCUGAGUGGAGUGGGUGUGGUCUGGGGGUGUGUCAGAAUCCUGUAUCUAUGGGAACCGGUCACGCCCCUUCACUCGCCGACAUCCGUGACGUUUUGGAGACACAGGAAGCAGGCCGACCUACACCUGCAGAGGGGUGACUACAGUGCCGCAGUCAGCAGUUUAGAGACCUGUCUCUCUGUGUUAUCCCGAGCGCUGCCCUCUACGACCUUUGACCUCGCCUGUUCCCUCUCCUGGAAUCUGAUUCGCUACUGCCUGCAUAGGCCCACCCCCCUGGGCUGGCUGGUGCGUCUGAUCGGCGGGAAGCACGAGGGGGAGGAGUCUCAGAUCAGCUCCAGAGACGCCGCGCUGGUUUAUCAUCAGCUCGGCCAGCUGCAGCUCACAGGUAAGCUGUCGGAACGCGGUGCCAUGUGGGGUGUGUGUGUGUGUCUGAACGCGGUGAAUCUGAGUGAGAGCGCGAGAGGGAAGAUGCCUCCUACUGAGCACGCUCAGAUCUACAUCACCACCGCCAUCUCACUGCGCAGAACCACACUGGGGAGACAGCUGAGCUUCCUGCCUGCGUACAUGUUGAGCUGUGCCGAGUCCCUGUUCCCCGACUCGAGGCCCCCUGACUCUCUGCGCUGGCUCUUCACCCCUCUGGCCCGCCAGUUCUUCCUGAGCUGUGAUUGGUCCGUGAAGGCUGAGAACUCUGAUGGAGUGUUUUCAUCUGAAAGACUACAGGUGGACCCGACUGCGCAGCUGCACCGGCGUUUCUGUGAGAAGCUCGUGGAGAGAGCGAUACACACACUGAUCCAGCCGCACGCUGACUUUGAGAGUGUGAAGCACAAGGACGAGAGCGGAGAGUUCAGCGGUGUGAUGGAAUUCCUGCAGCUGCUGAACAGCUGUACCGAUGACUCCGCCUCCCCCACGCCACCCUUCCCCGCACUGGCCAAUCAGAACUCGGCUUCUGUGUCCGACCCCGUGUGUCGCUGGUGGGCGUUGGUGCUGAAGGCUGCGGUUUAUUGGCUGCAGCGUGAUGAUGCGACUGUGAGGUCACUGCUGGCGGAGGCGGAGCGAAUGCCGAGAGCGCUGCACUCUCUGGAUCACCCGUUGCCGAAGGCCGUGCUGGCGCUGUGUAAAGCGGUGCAGAUGAGUGUGUGUCCUCAAAAGGGAGAAGGAACGCAGGCCUGCCUCACACACUGCAACAGAGCCAGUGCCUACCUGCACAGCAGCAUCACACACACACCCACACACACCUGGCUGCACAAGGGGGCGGAGUUUCUGGUGUGUGACCUCCUGCUGACCUUGAGGACCAGCCUUUGGCAGCGUGGAGGCGGGGCUAAUGGAGAGCCAAGCCCCGCCCCUUCCCCUCAGCUGGCUGGAUUUCAGAGGGACCUGAGCUCUCUGCGUAAACUGGGACAGGGAUACACACAGGCUCAGCACAAGGUGUUCCUACAUGAGACUACAGUGAGGUUGAUGGCGGGUGCCAGUCCGACCCGCACACACCAGCUACUGGAGCACAGCCUGCGGCGCAGGACACACAGCUACAAAGAUGGUGUGUGUGUUCCAGGUGAACGUGAGCGCGCUCGUGCCAUCAUGCUGGUGUGUCGUCACCUGCCUCUGUCCCUGCACCGUACACACCUGCUGGCACACGCCAAGCACACACUGCAGAGAGUCGGAGACAUACACACACUGCACGCUAUCGCUGCCUCAUAAACAAACAAACACACACACACACACACGUGCACAGGGAUGUAUAUAAGCUGUACAUAUUAUUGUAGAGACCAAAGUCUUAAAUAAAUAAGGUUUAGUUAGAUCAGUUAUUAUAUAGGAAACAUGGACAGACAGACAGGUAGACAGACAGACGGACGGAUGGACAGACAGGUAGACAGACGGACGGAUGGACAGACAGACAGCUGAGUGUGUACAGGUGAUAGUGUUUGACUCUUUCGUAUUUUAAUGACUUUUAUUCCUUACACUUUUCUCUCUGAUUCUCUACGUGUCUUUUUUUGCUAAUUGUAAUGUUACUUUUAUCUUUAUUAAAGUUUCUGUGUCUAUCUGGGUAA